AUGUCUGACAACUCCAACCCUGGUAACUUCGCCAACCGACCUCAUGAAGAGGUCCAGAAUAUCGCUCAGAAGGGUGGGCAGUCUAGCCACCAGGGCGGAUUUGCUUCGAUGGAUGCCGAUAAGCAGAGGGAUAUUGCGUCUAAGGGAGGUCACGCUUCCAGUGGAAGCUUCAAGCCCGGGGACGAGAGAGCCAAGGAAGCAGGUCGGAAGGGAGGUCAGACUACUGAUCAGCCGGACGAAUAG